AUGGCGACAUCCCGUUCUGCUACAAAUACCAUUGGAGCAGCUUCCCCACAAAGAUCGCCACGCCAUGUCAAGCUGGACGGACGAACUCUCGAGGGCGGUGGCCAGUUAGUGCGCAAUGCAUUGGCUCUGUCUGCUUUGACUAGCCAACCGAUUACAGUCGAGCAUGUCUGCGGGAAUCGUGGAGGAAAGACGGGAUUGAAGGCGUCUCAUGCGGCAGCCGUCAAGCUUGUUGGAGAUAUUAGUAGAAGCAAGGUCACUAGUGGCCAAGUGGGAUCACAGGGGGUGACAUUCGAGCCACCAUGUUCUAGCAAUGCCGAUGGUGAGGAAAGUUUGCUUCGAGAGGAUGGUCCUUUACAUUCCCCUAAUGCAAUCGCAGGAGACUCGGCUGCAAGACUCGUCUCCUUGACUCGCCGCAAGCUGUGUUCGGAAUACAAUAUACGACUGCCCACUCCAGGCUCAGCAUUGUACCCAUACCUGUUGUGGGCUGGAUCACACACAAGCACACCGAGCAUCAAGGUGAACAUUAUCGGUGGCACAAAUGGGACGAAUUCCCCGUCCUAUGACUAUGCCGCGCAGGUCAUGGUCCCGAACUUCCAGAAGUUGGGACUUCCCCCGCUGUAUGUUGCUUUGCAUAAGCGUGGCUGGACAACAGGCGUGGUCAGCAUGGGAUUUGUCACUUUCCAUAUCCAUCCGCUACAAUCAUGCGAGCAGACUAGAAAUAUCGGAACCGCGCUGCCCAAAUUUCCCCGCAUCAACAUCAUGGAUUACGAUCGAGGGAAGAUUACAUCGAUCAGGAUUACUGUUCUCGCACUCGAUGCUCUCCUCCCCGGAACGACAAUCGGGGAACAGCUACAGACUGUUCGCCAGUUUGCCGAAAGACACACCCGUCGCACCCUGCGCAAGGCUCUCAAGACUCUUGAUGCAUCUCUCUUUGACCAAGAUUACUGGAACUCCGGAAGAAAAGUCCCCAUCGAAAUUCAUACCUCAGAAGCUACGACUAAUGUUUCUCGGUUCUACAUUUUGUUGGUGGCGUGCACAUCCGAGGCUUCAGGAUAG